AGGAGGUGGGAGUACAAUGAUGAUAGAAGGAGUUCAAAUUGUUUCAACGGGUUCCCAGCCGUUGGAUGUUCACUGCAUCUCACUCACUGCAUCACUACAAACGAUUUUGACACUGAUAGAAGAGUUCCAAACAUUCAAUUUUCAUUCGAAGUUCACUAGGUCAGCUCCCAUCUCUAAAUUCAAUAGAUUUGCACAAUUUUGAUGGCUUGAUUGAACCCUCACUAUUGGGCUGAAGCACAAAUUCAUGGAUUUCUAAGAUCUAGACUUGGCCUAAAUUUAAGGUGAAAAUGAAACUUUGGGCUGGGUUGGGCCUAUCUUAUUAGACUAAGAUCUUCAUGUUGAAAUUUAAGCUGGAAUUAGAGAUGGGAAGCUGUGGGCCUGGACAAGAUGGGCUUUGUGCAAGGAGGCUCUGGCUUUUGCUCUUCGUCUUCCCUCUCUAGUGUUUAAGGUAACUUCAGUUACAGAAUCCAUUCCUCUUCUUCUUCUUAUUCUUCUUCUUUUCUAUAUAAGCUAAAGCUUCUGGCUUGCAUUCUUCACGAAUCAUCGAUCUCCACCUUGACCAUGGAACGUUCUACGAAGCUUUUCCUUCUGACUCUUCUGGUGAGCAUGACCUGCUUGGGCAUGGCACGGCCUCUGAACCCGGAUUCAAGCAACUUAAGCCUUGCUACUCGACUACAAAGCGACAACAACACGGUAUGCUGGGACUCGUUGUUGGAGCUCAGGGCAUGUACUGGGGAAGUCAUCCUUUUCUUCCUCAAUGGAGAGACCUAUCUGGGGCCUGAUUGUUGUCGUGCCAUCCGAUUCAUUGAGCACCAAUGCUGGCCUGCCAUGCUCGGUUCUAUAGGUUUCACGCCAGAGGAAUCUGGCAUUCUCCGAGGCUAUUGUGAUGCCACCGGAGAAACCACCGCACCUCCACCACCACCAUCAUCGCCAACCCCACCACCUUCUCCCCCUGGUAGUAAUUCCACUCCGCUCAUGUCCAUGGAUGACUUCACACCCUAAUAAUGCUAGAAA